GGGAGUGCGUUUCCCCUCUCAGACCGUGUGGAGAUUUUUACCGGUCCGGGUGCAAAGUCUUAUGCCGUUUAACUUCUCGUGGAGUUUCUCGGGCGUUUUAUUAUUUCACCAUCAUUCUGUGAAAGCUGAUGGCACGCGCUGGUUUUCCUCUUUGGAUAUAAAUGAAUGUUUCGCGGAACAGAAUUUUUUCCUGCCUCGCGCAACUACCAUUUAGUUUAGUUGCCAAUAGCGACAGCGUAUACGCGUUCAUUUAUUUGCUAUAUAGGACCAUUUUUUAUAUAUGGGUAGCUUUCAAGUUAAAAAGGCAUAUAAAUGCUUGUUUUAACGAAAUGUAAAUAGUUUAAAAAAACUUUUUCCGUACUUAUAACUGAGUAAUUAAGGGCAAAUAAAUAUGGGUUUAGGACAGAAUCGGGCACGGUUGCUGUGCAUGCUCUCAUUAACUCUUGGAUUUUUUAUUGUUGAAGUUGUGGUCAGUAGAAUAACAGCAUCUCUCGCAAUGUUGUCAGACUCUUUUCAUAUGAUGUCGGAUGUAAUAGCUUUGGUGGUGGCUCUCAUCGCUGUGAGCUUUGCGCAGACAUCUCGAGCCACAGAUAAAAACACGUACGGAUGGAUCCGCGCAGAAGUCAUUGGAGCUUUAGUAAAUGCUGUGUUUUUGACGGCCCUCUGCUUCACUAUUGUAGUAGAAGCUGUCGAGCGCUACACGUUCCCUCACGAGAUUGAAAAUCCACGCGUUGUCAUUUGGGUUGGCGUUGCCGGUCUCCUGGUAAAUGUGCUUGGACUUUUCCUGUUCCAUGGACACGCAGGAUUCAGUGGGCAUGGACACUCUCAUGCUGGGCAUUCUCACGGUGGACACUCUCAUGAUCUAAAGAAAAAUCCAAAAAAGUAUGAAAAAUCAAAGGCACAUGACGAGACACGCAAUCUUAUGAUCAACAGCAGCAUUCAAGAAGAUCAAUCUACUGAGCUAAAGUCAGACAGCUUAAACAUCACAAUCACUACCAAUGGCUCGUUGGAGGACCAGGAGCAAAGUUCUGAGUCAGCGUCCCAGUUAAACAUGCGUGGUGUGUUUCUGCACAUACUGGGAGAUGCAUUAGGUUCUGUCAUUGUGGUGGUCAACGCCCUGAUUUUUACUUUUGUGUGGACGCCUUGUCAGAGCGAAGAAAUCUGUUACAAUCCUUGCCGUGGCAGCCACUUCACUGAACAACAAUGUGUUAAUGCCACGGUGCUGAGCAUAUCCAAAUCAUCCAACAGGGAACCCAGAAACAUUUCUGUCGCUGGGCCGUGUUGGGUGCUUUACCUAGACCCAACGUUAUGUGUAAUAAUGGUGUGUAUUUUGCUCUACACAACCUUCCCUCUACUAAAGGAGUCGGCUCUCAUUCUCUUGCAAACGGUACCUGAACAGAUUGAUAUGCACAGGUUAAAUGGGAAGCUGAGGAGUCUGGAUGGUGUCAUGGCCCUUCAUGACCUGCAUAUCUGGCAGUUGGCCGGGAAUCGCAUUAUUGCCACUGCUCACGUCAAAUGCGCAGAUCCGGCCUCUUACAUGAACGUAGCCAAACGCAUUAAAGCUGUCUUCCAUGAUGAAGGCAUCCACGCCACUACUGUUCAGCCAGAGUUUUCUUCCAGUUCUAAAGAGUUUGGCUCCUUGUGUGAACUUUCCUGUCAAAGUCAGUGUGGACCCAAGCUUUGUUGUAAUCUGACCAAAAGAGAAAACCCAGAGUCUGACUUGCCCAUGAGUAAAGAAAAGUCAUGCAUGCAUACCGAACCUAAGCACAAUGUAGCAUGGGGCGAUGAGAAGGAAUUAGAAGAUACUGUAAAAACAGAGAUGGAAUCAACCGUAUAGUUAAUGUACAACACUCACUGCGAUAUUACAUAAGUGUGUUAUGCUUAAUUCUGCCUGUAAGAAUUGUGUCAAAUUAGUAUAAUUAUAUCUACUUAGUGCAGAAUAAUAAAAGUAGUUUAGGAGAGUAGAAUUCUGUUAUUGCAAUGUUGGACCCAUGUUCUUGUAUUUAAACCUGUAAAAUGCAGGAAAAUACAAUUUUUUCCAUGUUUUAAAUAAAGAUUGUCAUAUAGAUGGAUAUUAAAGGUCACAAAACAUA